CAACACAGUAGGCCGCUUGUGGUAGAGGAUGAAAAGCAGAUGGGUGCAAUGCACUCAGAAAGCAAUAGCGAAUUGCCACAUCCUGACCGUCAGGCGGCGAUGCACCGAUCGUCGCCAGCUUCUGUCUGGAGUCAUGACGAGGAACCUCAGAUACCCCCUUGGGGGAUCGAAGAGCACAUCUCGUUACUUGCCAGCGCACCGUAUACGGCAGCCGAACGCCAACUACAGAAAUGGAGCUCAAUGGACACUCCCACCGUCGCCUUCACGAAGCCUUCUUUACCGAGUUACAUCUGUGACCCUCCGGCCAGUAUCUGUACGCGAGGCGCCGAUUACCUGACGCGCAUGGGGUGCUUCUCACUUCCACCCCCCCGGCUCCGCAACGAGUUGAUGGCGAGCUAUCUGGGCUUCAUGCACCCCAAACUACCUCUCUUCGAUUUACCCCGAUUCUGCACGUCGAUGCACCGGUACGACGGUUCCUCUCAGCUGAGCUUGCUUAUCUUCCAAGCGAUCAUGUUUGCGGGCGCCGCAUUUGUCGACAUGUCUUACCUGCAGAGUGCCGGCUAUAGCUCACGAGCGGAGGCACGGAAAGAACUCUACCAACGGACACGACUCCUGUACGACUAUCGCUAUGAGAGCGAUGUGGUCACAGUUUUGCACGCCUUACUCAUCGUUACUCACAGUGCUGCUCAUGUAGGGAUGGAUCUCCCGACACAGCGGGCACCAACGCCGGCGCAGGUACCCCCUCCCCCAGGGCCCGGGCCACCAGGGGCGGUGUAUGUACCCUUCGCCUCCCAGCCAGACGAGCCAUCCAGCGACACACAAAGCACGCUGUCGGGAAUGACGAGGGAAGGCGAAAUGGAAAUGGGAUUUGGGACCGUUGCGUUGAACCCGGUGCAAUAUGUUGCUCCCGGAGGCGCAUUCCCGGGGCAGUGUAUACUCCACCUUAACACCCACUAGUUUCUAUAAAACCGUGUUCCAGCCUCGAGGAUUCGUAGUACUAAACGUAGCCAAGCAGCCCCACCGGAGUUGGCCUUGUGGAUCCAGGGGACUUG